AUGCCAUCACAGCAACAACGACAACAACUGACAUCUGGUUGUAUUGUAGUGGUUGCGAAAUGCCCCAUACCUGGAAAAUCUAAGACUCGACUGGCUCCUUUGCUGGGUGAAGAUGGAUCCGCCAAGCUGGCCAAAGCCAUGCUUUCUGAUGUGUUGCUGACUUUGGAGCACUGUUCUGAGCUCGAGAAAGUCAACAAAGUUUUAUUGUAUGCGCCUGGUGAUGAAACGGGGCGCUCCAUAAUGGCGAGCAUAUUAGGUGCAAUUGGAAUUGAAGGGUACAGAGGAGCAGAAGACUCGAGCAGUGGAUUAUCGAAAUGGAGACUGCUUCCCAUGAUAUCGCCUAACUUGCAAUCAUCUGAUCUGGGCGACAUUUUGCAGCAUGCUUUGGACCGAGUAGUGGAGACUCCAUGGAAUCAGAACCAAGAACGACCAAUGAGCAGUACUGGCGUGGUCUUUUUGGGUAUGGAUUCUCCUGAGCUUGCGCUUCCGGACAUUGUCAAAGGAUUGCAUCUGGCUUCUGAUGAGGUGGACAACCAAGAUGGAGAACAUGAUAAAAGUCGUCUUCCAGCGGUGCUUUGUCCAUCUGAUGAUGGCGGUUAUGGUAUGCUUUGUGUACCCUCUACGAGUGUCAGCAGAAGAAUAUUUGAGAAUGUGUACUGGUCACAUCCCUUGACCGCUGUAUCGCAGUUGAAAGCCCUGACAGAUGCAUCCAUUCCAGUGAUUCUUGGUCAACUGAUGCAUGACAUCGACGAACCAGAGGAUGUCACCAAACUAUGCCAGCGGAUAUCCUCAAGAGCGAAGAUUGUAACAGAAAAUAAUGUAGCGACAAAGCUGACAGGUUUGGAGAUGCCGAGUUCUUACAGUUCUUCAAGUCUCGAUAUGAGUGCCACGGAAGACACGAAAGUGACUCACGUGAAGUCACUGCAUCCAGAAUGCAAAUACACAAAACUGGCCUUGGAAGAGCUUGGUUCGCUGGAUACAAAGGAUUGA